AUGGACCGGACAGCCCUUUUGCAGCGUUUUGACGCACGGUCGCGGUUGUUGGUUCACGCUCUGCAUUUAGGAGCAGAAGGAGCUAGAAAAGCACAAAUGGUUUUCAAUAAACAGCGCAAAUGUGAUCCACAUUUCUCACUCACUCCAUUUUUGGAGAGUUUGUGCCAACAGGAAGCAUGUCUGCACGAGGACGCGCUUGUUUUGAAACCUUUGGCUUGUGUUUUCUCGGAUGUAUUUAAGCGGAAUCUGCUGUGCUUUUUGCACCUGAUUCACCCUGGAUAUCCUAAAGACCGUGUUCUCCAUCUGCUCCAGUGUCUGUCUGAGGAGGACGGGGGAAAUCAGUGGGCUUCUGCCUUAAUCACGCAGCUCAAAAGAGAUGUUGAGGGGGCUAGGAAAGGGACGCUCCUGUCCUCAAACUGUACAGAAACACUAAAGAGUCUCUGUGGAAGAUUUCGGGGUACUGAUGUACAGGGAGGGUGGACAUCUUGUUUUGAGGCCCUGGAAGCAAAGGGUGAAGAAACAGACAUGUCAGUUUUAUGUCAGAAAAAACGGAAAAGCGACAAACUGGAUCUUGAUGGAGAUGCACAGAAAGAUCCUCAAAGUAAAAAGGUAAAAAUGGAUUUCUCUUCAAGUAAAGAUGAAGAGGGAAUGAUUGAAGAGGAGGAAGCUGAAAUCAGAAGAUCACAGAUGGAUCAGAGCGCUGGCUCUGUGUCACAGGCUCGAUCUGAUCUGUUAGGCUCUUCAAAAAACUUGCCAGACCACAUGAAGGCUGCUCUUCCUGUCAUUAAAGAAUUAUUAGAUGCAGAGUCAGAGUGGGAUGACAGCUCUGUAUCGGCUCUGAAAGUACUCCAUGAAUGUGACCCCAAUGAGGUGGAGGUCUUGUGUUCAGUGCUGUGUUUGUCUGAAGUGUCUGAGCAGCGUUUGCCUCAGUUUUGUAGCUGUCUGCUGAAACUGACCCCUGACCUCAGUCACAGCACCGCUUCAGCUCUCAUCACACACCUGCUGCUCAAAAAGAUUCUGUCCCUUGCAGAACCGGCCUCUCGCUGUUUGGUGACGGCUGUAACGUCUCUCUGCUCUCGUUACCCCAGACCCACAUGCCAGGCUCUGAUAGAGCCACUGUUACAGAAAGGUCAACUUGGAAGCGCCCAGGCAGAUUUGCUCUGUAGGCUGGUGAUAGACUGCCUUGAGCCUCAUCACAGGCUUCUUGUAUUUCGGACAGCACUCGGAGCGUCGUGGGAUGAGGGUGUUUUAUCAGUUAUUCAUGCGCUGCUGGAUUCAAAGCUUGAGUUGAGUCAAGAGGAUUUCUGUCUCUUCGCUGAGCAUCUUUGCAGCCAGUCUCCACAUUUCAGCAAAUCGAUGAAGUUUGCCAAGAUGCUGCUGAGCGUCCUGACCAAGUAUCAGUCAAAUGUGAACCCUGCAUGCCACCACACACUUUCCAGUGUCUUGUCUUUCAAUGAAACCUUCCUCAAGAAAUCACUGCAGGCCGCAUUAAAACGGAUUUCCUUUUAAAUCAAAUGAUUUAGAUGACACUUUCAUGCAGAAGUUCCAGUUGGUUUGAUGGUGUUGUUUUGCA